UAAAUUCUUAAAAUUCAGGUAAUCACAUCAGCUUAUAAUUCUAUUAAAAGGCACAAUAUAUUUUUGUGUUUGAUAUGGGAAUGUACGCUGUAUUGUACAGUUCAGCUUCACAGUUUGACAACCUGAUGCUUAUGGUCAUAAAUUGCGUUGAUUAAUGAAGUUAUGGAUUUCAUGUAAAACUUGCAGCUGAGAUACCUCUGGAAAACAUGGAGGAUAUGGCAUCUCAUCUCACAUCUCGUGAAGAACAAGCAGUAAAAGAGUUUAUUGAAACUGUCAAUGAUCUAAGACUUAGACGGAAUGCUGGACCCCUGUCGUGGAACACAGCUGUCAAGUUUAUGAUGGCCAGAAAGUUUGAUGUUCACAGAGCACUAGCUCUAUAUGAAGUUCAUGAGAUAACACGAGUUAGAGAAGGACUUAUUAGGUUUGAUCCCAUAAAUGAACCUUUAAAGAGUGAAUUAGAAACAGGAAAAUUUACAGUGUUGCCAACAAGAGAUAGCACUGGGGCAGCCAUUGCUAUUUUUACUGCAAAUAAGCAUUUCCCCAUUGCCUCAUCACAUCAAGUAACUUUACAAGGACUUGUUUAUCAGUUGGAUGUUUCACUACACAGUGUGGAUACUCAGCGGUGUGGUAUAAUAUUUAUUUACAAUAUGAUAGGCUCCAAGUAUGUGAAUUUUGAUUAUGAACUCUGUCAAAAGAUCCUGAGCCUCCUCAAGGGAGCUUAUCCAGCUCGCCUAAAAAAGGUUCUAAUUGUAGCUGCUCCACUGUGGUUCAAGGCUCCAUUCAAGAUCUUGAGGCUGUUUGUCAGAGAAAAACUACGAGAACGGGUUUUCAUGGUCAACGUACCACAGUUAUCUUUACAUGUACCAAUAGCAUCAUUACCUCGGGAGCUUGGUGGUAUCAUUCCUCUGGACCAUAAUGCUUGGAUACUUCAUUGCUUGAAGUCGAAUACCAACUGUAAUGGAGACCUUUGUGACAUUUCAUCACUUCCCACAUCUCCCUCUUCAGGUAUGAUUCUUUACCAAGCCUAUGAAGUGCUAAUGCAGAAUGGGAAUAGUCCACUAAGUGAUGGUGAAACAGAUGAACCAGAAGAUUUUACAUCUUUUGUUCAUGAGAAGCAUAACUCUGAAAAAAGAGAAAAAGAAGUAGAAGUUCUUAAGAAACAGGAUACAGUGCAAUCUCCUUGUUUAUCAGGUCCUGACAUUUUACUAGAAGAAAGAAAUGGAAUAAAUGACCCCAUCCUCCCAUCAGCAAAUUAUGAAGAAGACCUCUUAGAGGGAGGUACAAAGACAGACAUGACUCUUGAAGAGUUCAUUCAGCAUUUAUGUAAAUUAGGAAGAAAAGGGUUGUAUGAAGAAUAUGCUGAUAUAAAAAGUAAAUCUUUAGAAGGUACCUUUAAUAUUGCAAGAUUGAAACAUAAUCAACCAAAAAAUCGAUAUAGUGAUGUACUUUGCUAUGACCAUUCCCGAGUCAAACUUAUGUUUCCCAGUGAUGAUCCUUCCCAAGACUACAUUAAUGCUAACUAUGUCGAUGGUUUCCAACAGAAAAAUGCAUUUAUUUCCACACAAGGACCUUUGCCAAAGACAUUUCCAGAUUUCUGGCAGAUGGUUUGGGAACAAGAAGUUUUAUUAAUUGUUAUGACAACACGCACAAUUGAACGCAGCAGAGCAAAGUGUGGUCAGUAUUGGCCUAAACAGAAGGAAAGCAGUGCUGAGUAUGGUGAAUUCCACAUCUUCAACAAUGGUGUUGAGCACUUCAAAGAUUAUGUGGUCACACAGCUGGUUCUUACAAACCUAAAGACAGACAUCAGUCGAGUUGUGGUUCAUAUGCAGUUCAUCAGCUGGCCUGAUUAUGGUGUGCCUCACUCAGCUUUGGCCAUGCUAACUUUCUGUGACAAAGUGAGAGAGCAACAAGUUCAAGCCCUCCAAGUUUUAGGAUCUGAGUGGAAAGGACAUCCUUUAGGCCCACCAAUAAUUGUUCACUGUAGUGCUGGAAUUGGAAGAACAGGUACUUUUAUCACAUUAGAUAGCAGCAUUCAGCAGUUGGAAGCUACAGGAACAAUUAAUGUCAGAGGAACAGUAGAGAGAAUUCGUUUCCAACGAGCUCACAGUAUCCAAAUGCCAGAUCAGUACGUCUUUUGUCAUCUAGCUCUUUUAGAGUAUGCAUUGAGUCGUGGUCUUUUGCAGGAUGUGGACUUAUCAGGAUUUGAUGACAGUGAUUCAGAAUCAGAGUAGGAGUUUCGGUACAAGUUUGUUAAGGACAUAUUUAAUAGUAGAGGAAAUUUUUGUUGUGUACUUGCACUUUUGAAUAAUGCGGUUUGAGUGUAAUUAAAUAGUAUUAAUAGAAAUGUGUAAUUUGUUGAAUAUUUGAAACUUAAGUUAUUGUCUGUCCUACAGAAUUGUAAUUUACAGAAUAGCAUUUCUAGUUUAAUUACUAUGCUAAACUAUAUGUAAUUUAGGCUUACCCAAUAAAGGAUUGAAUACCUUCCACAUAUAACAAAUAUAGUUUUUAUAAUUUUUUUUAACAAUUCUUACAACUUUGGACCUAAGUGGGUGUGUCUCAUUUUCAUUAAUUUUUGUUUAUGAUGAGUAUUUGUAGAGAUUUUGGGCAGCUAACCAUUAAGGUGUUAUGUUGACAUCUGGGAUUCUUUUAGGGUGUUCCCCCUGGAUAGCAACAAUCAUUGCAGAAAGUAAAGUAUUAUAUCUAAAUAGCUUUCCUUAGUUAGUAACUUGCAUAUAUUUUAAUGAUUUAUUCUGUUCAAUUCUUAUGUGAAAUUACACAAGUUAUUUUUUCUAUUAGAUAAUUAAUUUUCAGUGAGAAAAGUGAUUUCAAAAGCUUUUGUCAAUUUUAAUGCGUGUUACAUAAUUGUGAUUUUUUUUUUUACUUUUGACAGCUCAUAAUAUUUCUGUUUUUUAUUAAUUCUUUCUUUUCAAAUUAACGUUAUACAUGAAAAACUUUUCUUGUGUGAAUGACUGCAGUUUUGUGACUUGAAAAAAUGUAACUCGUAUGAAAUGAAUGUUAAGCUUUUUGUUUGAAACACUUAGUACUGUUUUCAUUCUACUUUUUUGCUCAUGUUAAAGUAUUCCAAAUAAAAUUAUCAGAUAAAGAAUUAGAAUUGUGCUAUUUAAAAAUUUAGAAUAUAAUAAUAAUUUUAACAUUGUGCCAAAUAUUGGAAUGGUGGUUUUGUUUGUGUAAUUUUUCACAGAAAAUUAUACAUUAAGUAUCAUGUGUGGGAAGUGAUAAAAUCUAACUGCUUACUCUUCCUUUUGAAUUUAACAUAAAAAAUCAUAUAAUAGAUUACACAUUCCUUCAAUCGAUUGGGAAGUUUAAUGGAAUUAUUUUAGGCUAGGGAAUUGAUGUUAUAUUAUGCUUCCGUUGUUAUAUGUUUUUUCCUGACCAGUGUUUCUAGUGAUUGUUUAUAUACUCAUAUUCUUAAAAGUAUUUGGUAUUUGUACUUAGGGUAAGUAACUUUUAUAUUUUACUGUGGUUUUAUAGGUUAACUUUUGUUCUGAGGAAGCUCAAUUUAAUGUUUUUCUUGAGCAAAAGUAGAAAACUAUAGUGUUAAGCUACUGUCUGUUACAUAAUAUCAUCUUACCUCAAUUAAUUUUUUAUUAGUGAAAGGGGGGGGGGGUGAAAUGUUUAGAUUUGACAAAAGUCCUGACCUUCUUCAGAGAUUUUAAUAACUGCCACUUGUAUCUAUCAUUCCUAGAUCCCACAAAACGUAGCUUAGUAAACAAGUGUUUGAUCAGUAUCAAUAGUUGCUUUAGUAUUUCUGAUCUUCAAUUGGACAUAUCUGAUAUCAUGUACAAAUAACUAAGUUCCUCCAGUCAUGAGUGUUAAAAACAUUUCAUCUUAAUGCUUAGGCUAUUGAUUUGUUCUAUACUAUCAACAGAACCAGUAAUAAGAUUUGCUGAAAUGCAUAUUAAUAGAAGUGUUUGUAAUUUUUUUAUCUUUUAUUUAAUCAUUAAUACAUUGUAAUUCUCCUUGUUAGUACAGAAUUAUGGAGUAAUGAAAAUGAAGGUUAUUUUGACCUUUUCUUGGAUGUUUAGAUAUUUCAAAAUCCAUGACCUACUCCUUUACAUUAAAGGGCAUCUUAAGUAGCUAAGAAAAACCAGUAUAUUAGUGAAAGUGCUGUAAUAAAUUUUCAUUUUAAGUAUUAAUGCACUGGUAUUUAAUUAUAUUUCUUUUAUUACAAGCUCUACUUAUGUAAGAAAGUUAUCACUGUUUUUAUCACAUGAAUUAUCUUAAUUAAAUUCAGUUUCUACAUUGGGGGUCAAUCUCCUGCAUUCCAUUAAAGUUUUAUAGUUGAAAUCUUUUGAUUUUACAAUCCUUACUUGUGAACAGGAACAUCUUAUAAUAAGCAAUACGGCAUGAUCUGGUAGUGUCUCGUGAAAAAAACAAAACUGCUUUAUUAAAUAAAAAUAAAAUGAGAUCCACUUCAAGAUUUGUAGUUGUAAGCUUGUAGCUUCUUUUGAAUAGGCAACAUGGCAAGUAAACUAGUACUUAACCCGUCCAUCUCCAAAGUAAAGUGGGGGUUUCAUUAAUAAUUACACAUAAUUUCCAUAUUGUAUUGUACAAGAAUUGUGUGUAGUGGUUUGUACACAUAUGAUUGAUGAAUUGUUGUAAUAAUGCUCAUUUUUACUAAUGCAUUUUCUAUUGUCCUUUGCUUGAUUCGAAUUUAAGAAAUUACUGUCCACUGCCCAAAUUUUCUAAGAAAUUUAUAUUUGAAACAGAUGUAACUAAAAGAAGGUAAUCUCUGAAAUAUGAAAAGAUGUGAAUGUUUUUUCUUAAUUGAUGCUAAAAAAAUUAUUGUGCAAAAGAAAAUGUUUAACAUAUCUCGGACAUGGUCUGUUGAACUUUUGUUUAUGUAUUUUAUAAACUUUCCCUUGCAAGGCAGAUAAAACUUUCCAAAUAACAGCUAUAUCAAUCUUGACCAGUAUUAUAUGUUAGCCUUUCUUAUACUAUUUUGAAUAAAUUAAAUGGAAAUUGUGAACUACCUACUGAUUUAACUUUCUUUAAUUGGUAUACUUUUUGAGUUAACACCAUAGGUGUGAAUAAUUGUAAUUGCAGUUUACAAGAAAGAUUAAUAAAACAAUGAUUAGUGAGUGAAAAUAUAUAUAUGGCUAAGCUAGUCAUUGAUAUUAAUUGUUAGUUUACAUGUACUACUUACUGUAAAUGUAGCUUAAUAAAUAAUUUCUUGAAGCAUUUACA